UAAAAUGGUAAAUCAAAUCCUCGUGUGCAGCACUGUAAUAUGUUAACAUUUUAAAUUCGACAAGGACAAGUUUCCCUGUCGCUCGCGCAACUUCAAGAGGUGCAGGCUUUCGCAUGUGAGCCUCUGGCUGCUGUGGGGAAGUUAUUCAGUUUUAUGAGUCGUUCCCACUGGGUUCAAAGGUUCUCUUUCACAAUUAAUCCCAGCUCCAAAAAACUCAGCUCCUUGUUGUCUACCAUUCAUCGCCAUGGAUUCUUUUGUGAAAUUCACUUCCCUCAGUCAAGGCAGGGAGAGAAUCUUCAGAACCACUCAGUAUGCAUGCAUGUUACUUAAUUAUCUAAUUCACAAGAAUGAUACCAACAAGGAGCUGGUUUCAAAGCUCAAACAGUUGGAAUCUAAUAUGAGUUCAGGACGCAAGUUCUCACUGGCACGUGGCAUAGGAAAUAAUCCCAGGAUUACAAUCCUAGAGAUAACACAGUGUGGAGCUGGAGGAGCACAGUGGACCAAGCAGCGCCAGAGGAGCAGGAAAGUUGACAUUUCAGUAUUUCGGCUGGGUAACACAGUGGAUGCAGUUCAGGCGGCCAGAAGAAAUGUUCAGCUUUCGGACCCAAUUCUUCGAUUUUGCCUUACCGUCAUUCCUCUCAGUCGGGCUGUGUACUUCAUCUGUGAUAAUAUCCUCUGGAUGGGAACAGUGGGACUUGGUGGCAUCAACAAGGACAAAUGGAACAAGCGGUGCAACCACUACUACCUCUUCUCAUUGAUUAUCAGCCUGAGCAGAGAUGUCUAUGAGGUUUCCCAGCUCCUGAAAGAAGCAGCAAAGGCUCAAAAGGUCCAACAGUGCAAAUCGAUAAACCACCUGAAAGCCAAUCAUUUGCAAAAAGAUUUUGUCUGGACAUUAAGGGUCAGAGCUGAAGAUUUCUUCAUGCUGCUUUAUCAAAGCCUUAAAAAUAAUCCUCCUGUAUUACUCGACAUCAUUAAAAACAUCUGUGACUUAUCCCUACCUUUAGAUAAGCUAGGCAUUUUCAAAACCAAUCCUGGAGUGGUGGGUCUUUGUGGUCUUAUUUCAUCAGUUCUGUCAAUUUUAACUUUAACGCACCCAACAUUGAAAUUGAGACCAUGAACAAACCACCUGCUCUAUGAACAAAAAUCUUAAUUUUUCUAUAAUUUAUUUAUCAGAGAAUUUCCAGGAAGUUAAAUAAAUUGCUUUCAGAAUGCAGGCUGUGGAUUCCAAGAGCAAGCUAUCUAAUAUGGUGUAUUUUAAUGUUUUGCCCUCAAAAUGAGCACUUCAAUUGUGUUGAAAAACAAACGUUGCUGGAAAAGCUCCGCUGGUCUGGCAGCAUCUGUGAAGAAAAAGUCAGAGUUAACAUUUCGGGUCCAGUGACCCUUCCUCAGAACAGUUCCCCACAGAUGCUGCCAGACCUGCUGAGCUUUUCCAGCAACUUCUGCUUUUGCUCCUAAUUUAUGGCAUUUGCAGUUCUUUUGGUUUUUAACUUCAGUUGUAUUUUCUGGCUGUGCUUCAGAGUGCAAAAGAUUAAGAUAGUCACUUCUAACAUAUGCUGAACUUUGAACCUUUUAUAAAAUUGGCCAGUCUACAAACAGGUCACUUCUGCUCUGACUCUGACAUGCUGCUAGAUAUUAGAGCAAGCUAGAAUGCCCCUAUCUAGAAUUCAUGUCCUGACUAGUAUGCUAAGACUAUAAAACUGCAUGUAUCUGCCACUCUUAAAACAAAACUUUACACCACCAGCAAGCCUGUCCAAGACAAACAUGAUUCCUCUGUAACUUUUGAAUAUUUGUCUCAAGAAUACGUAGUGUAAGAUUAUUUCUACUGGCUGGAUAACCACAGAUUGUAGGUUAAGGAUUAUUACUUGAAGAGAAAAGGAGGAAGAAAUUUUAGAUUCUCUGGAAAAUAUUCAAGCAGUUGUUGAAACUAAUAUUGUCUUAGAGGUUUGGAGUAGAUAUUUGCAGUGGGAAAGGAUGUGAACUCCAGUUUAUUCCUAGUGCUGGCAUAGAUACAACAGUACAAGUGUGCUUUUUUUUGGUACUGUCAUUUCAAUGAUUCAGGCCAUCUGACCAAACAAAAAUGCAAAUUGCUGGAAAAGCUCAGCAGACUGGCAGCAUCUCUGGAGAGAAAUCAGAGUAACCGUUUCAAGUCCAGAACUUCUGAAAAAGUGUCACUGGACCCAAAACAUUAAUUCAGAUUUCAGACCUGCUGUGUUUUUCCAGAAAUUUCUGUUUUUGUUUCUGACUUCCAGCAUCUGUAGUUCUUUCAGUUUUUCGUCUGAGAAAACAGUUCAGUUAUCAAACUGUUAAGUAUUUCAAACUGAAAUCUGUCUGCAACAUCACUUGCUGAAAAGAGUUCUUUUAACUUGUAAUGUUGUAGCACCCACAUGCUCUAUUUGGUGUUGAACUGAAUCUUCUUUUACUUUUUUUAAAAAUUUUUAUUUUGUAUUAAACUACUUUGUUCAGUAGGAAAUUGUUUCUUCACAGAUACUGAGUAAAGGUAGCUCCAGACUCUCCUUUAGUUCAUCCAUGCUUACAUAGCCAACUAAAACAUUUUUUCCCCCCCUGGUUCAUAAAUAAAGAACAGCUGCUUGUUUGUUUUGAAGUUGGUCACAGGCAAGAAAUGUGAUGAACGUCUGAGCUUUCUCACACACACACACACACACACACACACACACACACACACACAUUCUGACAUUGACGAUGUGGUACUUUCAAAUUUCAAUUUAUUGUGCAAUAUUUCUGACAUAAAUUCAGGCUAAAACUUGCAGGACUAAAUCUUCUGACUGAAGUCAAUCAAUAAUUGCUUUCUAAUUUGUGAUUCUCAUGAUUAUUUUUAGCUGUCUCCCUGGAUUAUUCAGGUAAAAGGUGAGAACCAAGGUCAACUGCUCUCACGGAUACAGUCAGUGUUAUGUGGAUCUUAGAGGGACUGAGGCAGUUUGCUCACUGUUAGUCAGGCUUAUUGCAUAAAACUUUCUUCUAAGUCCAAAAUGUAAAGUUUUGAAACCCACCAAAAGAAUUUUAUUUUAUCUCUAAUCCUCGAGGUGCUGUAGCUCUUGGAUAAGGGAGUGGUAGUUUCAGAAUCUUGUCUUGCUCCAAAUCCCCGGGUUCGCUGCAAGUAAAAGUUCACUCUGUGUUCUGUCCUUUCCAGCAAUCACUAUAUUUGUGUUUUUGGCCCUGAUUUUUGUUUGACUUUCCUAUCAUAGUUCCUGUCUUCCCCUGAUAUCCACAUGCCCUUUCCUGCAAGGCUCAAGCGAUAGGCUUUUACACUUUUUUGAUCCUUGAGUUAAGAGGACAUCAAGCCCAGCAUAUGAUUAUCCUCAAUACUGCCUUGUUUGAGAUCCAUUUAUUUAGCUCAGGUUGAGAAUUGAACUUGAGUUUUGUGUGACAGUACAAUAAUUACACAGUGCACUUAGCCACUGGAAUAUUGACAAAUACCUACUAUUAAUGCUUCUAUUUUAGAUGUAACUUAUAACCUACAUCAGCUCUGCAUUCAAGUCAGGAUUUAUUAGCUAGGGCGCAGUACUGUUUUCAGAGCCUUAGUGUUAUACAAAUACAGGGUUAGUGUCAUGCUGCAACAUAACUGCAAGGUAAGAUGUAUUGGGAGAAAUAACAUAACUUUUCAAUUAGGUCAGUCAGGAUAACAAUUGAAAUAUUAAAUUAAGUGGCUAGAAAAUGACUUGUAUAUAUCUUUUCUGUCAAAAAUGGUAAAAUCUUUAUGAAACGAAACUAUAUUUAACUUGAGCAUUUGAGAGUCUCUUUAAUGGAAAUGAUAGCAACUGAAUUUAGAACCAUGUUUAUUGAAUAAUUGUUGUUUAUUGAAAAAUCUAUGCAAACCGAUGUUACAUUUUGAACACUGGAUUUAAAAAUAUGAAGGGAAAUUUUGUGAUGGGAUAAUCUUGGCAAGGACAUUCGCCUGAAAGGAAUGUGGGCUUGAGAUGAGAGAUGACUUGAAAACACUUGGACUAUUUAUGCAUUUUUGAGCCCUCAUCUAGCGAGAUUGAACCUUGCAAUUUUUCCCUGCAAAAUUUUCCUUACUAAAUAAUGUUUGAGAAAUAACUAUUUCUGUAUCCUAAAUUAGGAAACCACUAGUUUUUAGUGACUACUGCAAACCAAUGCUGCUAUAACCUGAAUAAUUUUACUGUGGUGUUUUCUGUG